AUGAAUUCCCAAAAUUCGAGAGUCAAAAGUUUAAGCGAACUGUGCGAGCUCACGCUAAUGAGAAAUCAUCUCGUACUGCGAAGCGUCAGCAAUGUACCCUACAGACUGAUCCGAAAUGUUCUCAUGAAACUUAAAGUGGAACAGCUUUGCAAACUAGAAGAGACUAAUGUUUUGCUCAUCUUUGAAGAUGAUGAAAUUUGGCGUAACUUACUGGCAAAAGACUACCCGUUACAUGCAGGUGAAUCCUUUCUUCGAAAACGGGAUGAGAUAAUGAACUACUUUGUGACGUUUAUCGAGCAGCAUGACCCCAACCUUCUGGAUGAUGCAGAAGUCAUGAAAGGUUUCCUGCGAUUUGCAAUCAAGAAGGAUCCAGAAAUUCAGAAAUACCGGGUUCCUUCCCGAAUGCUUUACUUCAAGUACCAAGCGGACACAGUGCGGAAGCAGGAGCUCAGCACACAAAGGCUGCGAUUUCAGAUGCAGCAACUACAACAAGAGAAAGCGAAAAAUCAAAUUGCACCAUUGGAGGAUCCAUUGUACUGCGAAAAACGCACCAAGUCGGGCAUGAAGAACAGUAAUAGGUCAGACCUGUUUGUGAAAUCAUACAAAGAGCAUCAAAGGCGACAGCAGCAUUUCAAAAAUGGCGGGUUCGACAGUGCAAAGCGUCCAGUAAACCGAGUUGCUUUUGGCGGUCAGGUUGGCACGCCCGUAAGUCGAAACUCAGAGGUUAGUGGAGACGUUUCUCAUACAAAUGUUAACAAGGCCAAUGUGGCAAGCUCACAAAUAUCAAGAAAUUCUUCACAGCAUGGAAGCCCGAAACAGCUCUCAAGCCCGCCGCGCGUGAGAAGACUACAGGAAGGGCCUAAUCCAUUCUUGAAACGGAGAAAACCAGUUUUUCGACGUCAAAACUCGACUACACCAGAAGUUUCUAAUCGUCCAAUCCAGCAUUCUACAGAACCUGUUGUGGUGAAGGUUGGGUGCAAGAUCACCAACAAGUCUAAAAAAUCCAGCAUUUUCACGGUCCCGUCGCCACAGGAGCAAAUUGCCAGACAGCAUGGAAAUCAACAAAACGCUUAUAUAUUCGAGAAUAACACACAUCGUUGA